AUGAAAUAAUCAAUCACUCACAGAUCUCUUAGUAACAAAAGAAACUUUUCAUAGAAUUAAUCUUCAGAAAAUUUAGACGCAUGGGAUAACAUUGGCUUGCUAAAUAAUAGACUUACCUCAUUUUAGUAGUUUAGGACCCCAGUAUUUAAGAAGUAUCAAGGUGAUAAAAUACUUUAGCACAAAAGAAAAUCAACUUAUGAUGACAGUUAGCUACUCCCCUAAAUAGAUAUGUCGCUCAAAAUAAAUAGCUCUAGCCAUCAUAAUUAAGUUGCAAAUAAAAAGAAUCACGCAGUCUUUUUUCAAAGUCCCUUGAAGAAGGAAGUUAAGAGUGAUAAAAUUAAGUUGUUGGUGAUGUUAAGCUAGCUUAAAAAAGAAUACUAAAAGAACAAAAAACCAUCAUAAACUGUUUGUCUCUUGCUGUAAGAAGUACUGGAAAUCCUUUAAAAAUAAGAAAACAUUUAUGGUGAAGAUAUGAAAGCAUUUUUCUCAAUAAUUAAUGAAAUGAUAUUUUGUGUUCAGCAGGAUGUAAUUUAAUGUAUAUCUAGAAUUUAAGUUUCGACUGAAAAUAAGCUACAAGAUAAUUUAGUUAUAAAACCCUAUUUUGAAUACAUAAACAUUAUGAUGGAAGAAAUCGAAAGACAUAACUAGAAUUCUAUAAAUUUUUAAAAAAAGCUUGAUAAGGAGAUAUCUUAAUAUUAAAGUUAAAUCAAACAAAGUGAAGUUAAACUCUAUGCAAUAGGAGAAUCACAGAAGCAAGAGAUUGAAUAGCUUAAAAAAAUAUAAACUGAAGAAACACAUUUAAUGUAACUGCAAAUUAACAACAUUUAAGAAGAGUUGCAACGAGCUAUCAAAGAAAACUCUAUUGUGAGAGAAUCAAACGAAAAAUGGAAAUCAAAAUUCGAGGAUGAAGAAAAAAAGUUCAUAGAACAAAUUCAAUAAACUCAAGAAUAUAAAAUCAAAUUUGAAAAUAUAAAAAGCUAAUAUGAAUCCUGCCUUUAGCAAAUUGAGAAUUUAGAAAUUGAAAACACUCAAAUAAAAAGAGAAAAAUAUGAAUUAGAAGAAAAACUUGCUUUAAUGACUCCUAGACCCAAACUCCAUUCACAUAAUUUUUUUGAUUAAAUGGGAAUCCCUUUUAAUGAUUUUGAGAGUAUAAGCACAGUAGAUAAAGUAGAGAAACUGAAAGAAAAGCUUGAAGAAAAAAUGAACGAAUUAAUAGAAUUGCAUGAUUAGUAAAAUAAAAAAUAGCUAAAAAAGAAAGGUAGUAAAAUACUCGGUGUAUUUGUACAGACAAAGCGAUAGAGCUCCACAGUAGAAGAUAAGCUUGGAAUAACAGGAGGUUCAAAAUAAAGUUUGGAUAAGUCUCCAACAAGAAAAAAAUAAAAUGAUAUUAAAGCUAAGUUAGAUAAUUACUCUCCUUAGUCUCCAUUAAAAAUCACAAUCAAAGAUAGUCCUUCAAUGCAACUGAAUUAAUCUGCACUAGCAUCUAUUAAAAGAAGUGCAAAAAAAUCCUCAACUUAGGUAGAUUUAAAUAAAUAUGGAACUCCUUAAGAGAAAAAUAAUCAAUCUUACGAAGAAUAUGAAAAUCUCCCAUAAUUAAAAAUCUAAACAAAAUCUUAAGUGCUUUUAAGUUAACCUGAUUAAAUAUCAAAUUUUAGUGUAAAAUCCAGGUAAUCAGAUGAAAGAAGAGUUUAGUUUAAAUAACAAACAAGUGAAUCUGAAUAAGAUUCUCCUAACAUAAAACUAUCAAUCAAUAAUAAUAGAUUUUCAAAUAUAAGCUGA